AUGGAGAUCAUGCCAGCUACCUUUACACCGGUGGCCUCCGGAUCCGACCUCAAUUCCACCCUCAGUUCAGCCGGCCCUACAUGGGCAGGCACCUCCUCUUCCUCCCUCUCCUCCUCCGCCAACGAAUAUUCCUCCUACCCUCUAGUUCGGCAAGGUGAUCGCACCUAUCUCAGAGACCCAGAAAAUCUAUAUCCGUUGCCAUGCGACCUUUCGGAGAUUCAUCGCCAGACUUUGCGGUCUCUGAUGCUCAUCCGCGUCUUCGGAGGCCCCUUCUGUACACCGUCCCUGAACGAACAACCUCCCAAGAGGGUUCUGGAGAUCGCCUGUGGAUCCGGUCUAUGGUCCAGCAUGUGUCACGAGCAUUUCGCCCGGCGCGGCCAUCGCAACGUCUCCUUUCACGGCAUUGACCUCGUCUCCGUGGCGCCCGACUUGCGCAAGAAAGGUGUGAACUGGCAGUUCAAGCGACAUGACCUACGCAAGCCUCGACUGCCUUAUCCGGACGAUUACUUCGAUUUUGUUUUCAUCAAAGACGCGGGAAUGUGCCCUUCCAGCCCUGCGCAGCAAGCGUCAGGGUUGAGUGAACCUUUGCGUGUCCUCAAAUCGGGCGGCAUCCUGGAGGUGUGGGAUUCCGACUGGGUAUUCCGAUCACUGCUCCCCAAUCCCGCUCCUGCUCGCAAAUUGGCUUCCCGAGAGCAGGAAAUCGCCGAUGCAACCGCCACAUAUACAUUUUCGCCGGCUACGCCCUUCACCGGCGUGCAGAACAAGUUCCUGCUGGAUUAUAACUCGUGGGUCGAGAAGGCCUUUGACUGUCGAAAGCUCACUGCGAUACCGUGCGCCACAAUCGGUCUCUCAUUCAACUCCGAGGUAGAUGUACUUGAAAAAGUAGACAGUCGCCGGAUCGCCAUCCCGCUGGGCGAAUUGCGCUGGGAACGUGAGGGGGGCCGCCCGCGCAAGCAGUUGACUGCGGAGCAGAUGUCUAUCCGGCGCACCGCGCUUCUGACGGUAGUCCAAAUGAUCGAGGGCAUGGAGCCAAUGCUCAUGGAGGCCAGCGGAAAGAGCCAAGAUGAGUGGGACAGAUGGUGGACUGCCAUGAUCAAUGAUCUAUUUCAGAAAGGCGGUCUCGCCAGCGGAGAGUGUCUGGAGGUGAGCGCAUGGUGGGGUCGGAAGAAGUAA